CCAGAUGACUUCUCUGCUCCCCCCAACUUGGUCUCAUUAAUUCACUCUUUUUCUUUCUUCUCAUUUUCAAUUUUUGUUUCUUCUUCCUUUUUUCCCCCUUCUCUGCCUUCUUCCUUUGCCAUAUUCGAACACAACAAAAGCCACCAACUGGCUUCUUCUCACCAGCAAACCUCACCUCCAAAAAGUGUAAGCAGGCAAGCUCCUCCUCUCACUGCAGCUUCACCCACCACCGCACGGUUUCUUCCUUAUAAAAAUGCACCUUAAAGUUUCGUCCUUUUUGCCUGUAUUCACUUCUUGAUUCUGUUUCUCAGUCUCCGCCUCUCCUUCCCCUGUUCCUGACGACAACCCAAUUUAGCUCCUGACUGGAAAAUAUUCUGAAACUUUGGCUUCUGGGUUUCAACGGAUUUCUGCAGGUGAUUUUUGGGUGACAUCAUGUAAGCCCUGUUUCAAUUUUUCCGCCGCCGCCAUCGACGACGACCAAGGAGCUGACUUCUGAAUUGCGGACUGAAACAAGAACGUACGGCUCAUUUGUUGUCUGGCUCGAAUUGGAAGGUAUAAGGGAAAACUUUGGCUUAUAUUGUGUUGAGGGGAAUAGAAAAAUGGCAAGGGUUUGCUGGCCGUACUUUGACCCUGAAUAUGAGAACAUGAGCAAUAGAAUCAACCCUCCAAGGGUCUCUGUGGAUAACGUUACUUGUCAGAAUAGUACUCUCAUAAAGGUGGACAGCAUGAACAAGCCAGGAAUUCUACUGGAAGUAGUCCAAAUACUGACAGAUCUUGACUUCAUUAUCACCAAAGCUUACAUCUCUUCAGAUGGAGGAUGGUUCAUGGAUGUAUUUCAUGUCACUGAUCAACAAGGAAACAAGAUUACCGAUACCAGGACCAUAGAUUACAUAGAAAAGGUUCUAGGACCAAAGGGAGGUGCCAAAGAACAAGUGACACCAUGGCCAGGGAAACGAGUUGGUGUCCACUCAAUUGGCGACCACACUGCCAUUGAACUCAUUGGCAGAGAUCGCCCAGGCCUUUUAUCUGAAAUCUCGGCCAUCCUUGCCAAUCUUCACUUCAAUGUUGCAGCUGCAGAAGUCUGGACACACAACAGGAGGAUAGCAUGUGUGCUCUAUGUCAAUGAUGACACCACAUCCCGUGCUGUGGAUGACCCCACCAGAUUAUCCGUCAUGGAAGAGCAGCUCAAAAACAUCUUACGUGGAUGUGAGGAGGAUGACGAUGGAGGGGUUGGACGCACCAGCUUCUCCAUGGGAUUCACACACACAGAUCGUAGGCUGCACCAGAUGUUGUUUGCUGAUAGGGAUUAUGAAGGUAGCGAGAAGGCAGAUUGUGCUCCUGCUCCCACUCUCAAGCCGCAGAUCACCAUCGAGAGUUGUCAGGAGAAGGGUUACUCGGUUGUCAGCGUUUGCUGCAAGGAUCGUGCCAAGUUGUUGUUUGAUAUUGUGUGCACUCUUACUGAUAUGCAGUAUGUUGUUUUCCAUGCAACAAUCUCGUCUGACGGCCCCAAUGCUUCACAGGAGUAUUAUAUCCGCCACAUGGAUGGUUGCAUACUCGACACAGAAGGAGAGAAGGAGCGCGUCAUCAAAUGUCUCGAAGCAGCUAUUCGAAGAAGAAUAUCCGAGGGUGUGAGCCUGGAGCUGUGUGCUAAAGAUAGAGUGGGGCUGCUAUCGGAGGUCACGAGGGUGCUACGAGAGAACGGUCUAUCAGUGACACGAGCUGGGGUGUCGACGAUAGGAGAGCAGGCUAUGAAUGUUUUCUAUGUCAGAGAUGCUUCCGGUAACCCGGUUGACACGAAGACGGUGGAAGCUCUGAGAAAGGAAAUCGGGCACAGGAUGCUGCUUAAUGUGAAGAAAACUCCUGGUGCUGGCACCGGCGGCGGUGGUGGUUCUGGUGGUGGUGCAAAGGAUCAGCAAGGGAACAAAGGAUGGGCAAAAACGAGCUUCUUCUUUGGUAACUUGUUUGACAAGUUCCUAGCUUGAGAAUUGGGGAAAUGUUAAUAAGAUCCGUGUAACCCAAGAAAAGAAGUGAAGGAGGAGAGAUGGGUUAGGGGAUGAAGUGUGUACAGGACAAUAAACCUCUGUUCAAAAUUGAGAGGGGACUGGCAGGGCUGUGGAAUUGCAACUGUGUAAAAAAACUUGAUUGGGCUUCCAAGAAUCAAACUUUGUGGGUUUUGGACUUGCAACUGCAUGGACUCAAAUUAUGCUAAUGGGCCGUUGGGGGAAUGCUGAGUAGAAGAAACUAGCCCAACUCUGUCUUCAUUACUUCCCAGACUUGAUGAAACUCGACAGUAUGUGUAUCGAAGAAGAUGAAGUGAGAUCAGAGUGGAAUGUUGGUUCAUCUGUCGAAAGUCUUCUUGUCCCCAGUAAUCAAAGGCUGAGAGUGUGAUUAGUAGUUGCUAAGUCUAAUUAGAGUUAGGUCCAGCAGGCAGCAGCUGCGUACUGCUAGAAAGAUGCUGCUUGGGGCACGUGCGAUUUUCCGUGACAUGAUACGAUAGAAGAGAAUUAGGGAUUGGGAGGAUAGAGGUAGGGAUUGAGAGAAGAACGAAAUUGGGGAUUUUGGAUUUAGAAGAAGAAAUUGGGCAUAAAAGGGGGAAGAACCUCCGUGGUCUUUCCGCAUAGGAGAUACGAGAUUCAGAGGAUUGAGAGAAUAUGGUUUGUGAGAUCAGGCAUAACUGUGUUGUAAGCCUCACGAACACUUUCAAUUUUCGUAUCGAGUAUGUUGUUAUAUUGUUUAUAGUACUUUAAGGUUUAGAGUUUCAUAUGUAUGCAUUGUAUCUUACAGAAACAAAUAUUGGCGAAAGGUCAUUG